UACUCCUCAGUUUCAGAGCUCCCUCAUUUCUGUUUCUCUCUCUUCAUUUACUAUCCUACAUAUAUAUAUAUGGAUAUUUGUGUAUGUAUGUUGGUUUAUGUUCAGAGAUAUGUAAACCCAAGUUUGUCAUGACACAUCACUUUCAUGUUGCAGAAAUUGGUCAGAGGGUCAUAAUUAAAUCACCUGAACAUCAUUAAAAUGCGAAGAUGGAUGUUCAUUGUAAUUAGUCUACUGUUGGAGUAAACGCGAUCAGAAAAAUGCGGGUAAAGGAACUCCACCCGCUAUGCUGCAUACCGCUUGAAAGCCCGGAAAUCGGGGCUGAAUCGCCGGAGCCGACCCUUUUGAGAACUGGGUCGGCGGUCAAUUUUUCCGGCGGUGGAUCUGACUUCAAUGACAGAGGAUCUGACGUCAGUACCAGCACUAGCGUGGCUGGGGUUCUAUACAAGUGGACCAACUACGGCAAGGGCUGGCGAUCCCGGUGGUUCACCCUCCGCAGUAACGGCGUCCUCUCUUACUCCAAGACGCGCCGCCCCGACUCUCCAGAGAACGACGUCGUUGUUAUUGGCUCCGCGAUCGCGAACCGCCGGAACGCCAGUAAACACUGCAAAAAUGUCGGCAUUGUGCAUUUAAAGGUCUCAUCAUUUCGUGAGAGUAAGGCUGAUGAUAGGAGAUUUUACAUAUUUACCGCAACAAAGACGCUUCAUUUAAGGACGAACACGAAGAAAGAAAAAGUGUCCUGGAUACAAGCUUUAAUAUCAAUAAGAAGCCCUUUUCAAUUGAGACUACAGAUUGGAGUCACACCCCAUCUAACUAGAAAUUUAUCAAUAUCAACUGAAAGGCUCAAGCGGCGUUUGCUCGAGGAGGGAAUUGGUGAAGGGCUCGUUAAGGAGUGUGAGCAGAUCAUGCUUUCUGAAUUUUCACACGUAGAAGGACAAUUUCAAGUUCUUUGUGAGGAGCGUUCCAAUUUGCUGGUUACAUUGAGACAAUUAGAGGCAACGAAUAUUGAAGCUGAAGUCUCUGGAAUCAAUGUCAGAGAAUAUGAGUUGAUGAAGCAAGAGUACACGAAUUUAGCAAGGGGAAAAUACAGUGAAUGGAGCACCACAGAAUCAUCAGAUGAUGUAGGAAAGCAAGAGCUUGAGGAAGCAUCAGAUGAAGAGGAAAGCCACUUCUUUGAUACAAAUGACUAUUUCCUUGAACCAACUUUUGGUUCUGGGCUAAUAGGUACGGGUCACAUGGAUGAUUAUGAGAGAUUGGAAAGUCAUCAAACUGAUGAUGUGGUGAAGGCAGAUGUAAACAAGAAUAUAUUAGACUCUAGAUAUCCACAUGUUGAAAGAAGGAAAAGGCUACCAGAUCCAAUUGAGAAGGAGAAACGGGUCAGUCUGUGGUCUAUGAUCAAGGACAACAUUGGGAAAGAUUUGACUCGAGUUUGUCUACCUGUAUACUUUAACGAGCCAAUCUCGUCUUUGCAAAAGUGUUUUGAAGACCUAGAGUAUUCUCAUCUUUUGGAUCAGGCAUACAAGCAUGGGAAAGAGGGAAACAGUGUCAUGAGGAUUCUGAGUGUUGCUGCUUUUGCUGUUUCUGGAUAUGCUUCAUCUGAAGGCCGCCACUGUAAACCCUUCAAUCCUUUACUUGGUGAAACUUAUGAAGCUGAUUAUCCUGAAAAAGGAAUUCGCUUCUUCUCUGAGAAGGUCAGUCACCACCCCACAGUCAUUGCUUGUCACUGUGAAGGUAAAGGCUGGAAAUUCUGGGGUGACACUAACCUUAAAUCAAAAUUUUGGGGGAGAUCAAUCCAACUUGAUCCUGUUGGAACUCUUAAUCUGGAGUUUGAUGAUGGGGAGAUUUUCCAGUGGAGCAAGGUCACAACGAGCAUCUACAAUCUAAUCCUUGGUAAUAUAUAUUGCGACCACCAUGGGACAAUGCAUAUACGGGGUAAUCGUGAGUACUCGUGCAAGCUCAAGUUCAAGGAACAGUCAAUUCUAGACCGCAAUCCUCACCAGGUUCAUGGAUUUGUUGAAGAUGCCACUGGCAAGAAAGUUGCUCAGUUGUUUGGAAAGUGGGAUGAUAGCAUGUGUUUUAUAAACGGAGACGGAACUGGCAAUGUAAAAGGCAGGUCGGAGGCAUCUUUGUUAUGGAAAAGGAAUAAGCCGUCUCCAAACCCCACCCGCUACAACCUAACUUCUUUUGCAAUUACACUCAAUGAGUUGACACCAGGACUGAAGGAGAAGCUCCCACCUACAGAUUCAAGACUGAGACCAGACCAGCGGUAUUUGGAGAAUGGGGAAUAUGACAAAGCAAAUGUAGAGAAGCUCCGGUUGGAAAUGCGCCAGAGAAUGUCGAGGAAAUUGCAAGAACAUGGUUGGAAGCCAAAAUGGUUCCAAAGAGAUGGCGAAGGAGCCUUCCAUUAUGUAGGUGGAUACUGGGAAGCCCGACAGCAAGCAAAGUGGGACAGCUGCCCAGAUAUUUUUGGUGAGAUCAGUCAAGAACUCAUUAACUCCCUUGAGGACUCCUGAUUUUUUAAAAAG